CCCUGUUCACUGGUUUACCAGCUGCCUGGUCACGUGAUGACUGAUUGUCAGCUGGUGGAAAUGAUCAAAUUUCGGUUGUGAAAUGUUGUGCUUCGGAACCAGAGCAAAGUCUGGGAAAGUUGGGUGAACCAGGAAAUCAAGUGAUGGAGAAGGACACACUGGAGGACCAACUUCUUCUGUAUGCUCAGGAGGGCAGUUGUCCUCAUAUCCAGAUGCUCCUUCAGUCGAGGAUUGAUCAAAAUAGCUCUCUGAAUAUCAACUGCAGAUCCAGGUCUAAAAGCAGCCCAGGAUGGACACCGCUGCAUCUGGCCUGUAACUUUGGACACGGGGAUGUUGUGGAGGAGUUGCUCAAGGCGGGUGCUGAUGUGAACUUGCAAAAUAACAUGGGUGACACAUCUCUACACAAAGCAGCAGCCACUGGAAGGAAGGAGAUUGUUCUGUUGUUGCUGCGGUAUGAUGCCUGUGCCAACAUAAUCAAUGGAACCGCUCAAAUCCCUAAAGAUGUCACGGAGGAUGAUGAAAUCAUUACCAUGCUGGAGGCUGCAGAGAGAAGGGAGACAAGGAGACGAGAGAAGAAGCUUCUGGAGGCAGCCAGAGAGGGAGACAUCACUGCUCUGUCGAAAUUGCUCAGUGCAAAAGAAGCUCCAGAUAUUCACUGCAGGGACUCAGUGGGAAAUACACCUUUACACUGUGCAGCCUACAGGGGGCAGAAGCAGUGCAUCAUAAAGCUGCUGAAGUCUGGAGCCGACCCUGGUAUCAGGAACAACAAUGACCAGACCGCACUGGACCUGGUUCGUAUCGAUGAACUGAAGCAGAUUCUAGCAGCCUAUCAAGAUAAGGAUGUGAGCAGUGGGGUGCAGAAGAUUGAAGGCCCUCUUUGGAAGAGUUCACGCUUCCUUGGAUGGCGAUCCCACUGGGUGGUAAUUGAGAAUGGAACUAUGUCCUGGUACCCCAGACAAGCUGAUGCACUGACUGGUGUUAGAAAACAGGGCUGUAUGUCUCUUUCACAAGCCUACUGCAUGGUCAAGCCAUGGGAUCAUUGCUUCUUCGUGCUCAGGUGCUUUGAUAACACUGUACAUUAUUUUAAGGUCCCGUCAAAGACAAAUUCAAUGGCAACAAGAAAACGAUGGCUGGAUGUUAUAGAGGCACAUGCAUCCUUCAGCAUUCGCCACUGCACCCAAGAACAGACUAUCUACGAUGCAAUUGAUGACAGUAGUGUGACAGUGGGGAACCUGACACAAGCUGUGCAGGCAGCCAGCACCUGCCAGCAGAAAUUGGACACUGAAGUGUCAAUAUUUCUAUCCAUGGUGAAGAAUGAAGAGAAUUUUGCUCUGGCAGCACCUAUUCUACUGAAAGCCAAAGAAACCAGUGAACUUGCCAGUGAAACGUGUGAUGCUCUCCAUCUGUGCCUUGAGCUGCUGUCAAAACAACAAGAGGUGUGGAGCCUGAAGGUCGAGCAGGAGGUGGAGAAGAACAAAGCUCUGACGGAAGCCUUGCAGAUUUUGGCAACUGAGCACCAGGAGCUCAAGCCGUCCUUGAGUAAAAUCAGAAGGUCGUCUACACUCAGUACCCUCACUGGAGAUGACUUCUAUGAUGCUGUGUCAGAGUCUGAGUCCGAGCUCUCAGUGAGCGGCUUCUUGUCUGUGGCCAGCCACUCCUGCGAAGAGGACGAGGGGAGCGACACCCCCCUACUCAACAGCCUCCGCCAUCCCAGCGCGCACAGGGGGCCUACCGGAAUGUCAGGGGAGGGUAACCAUGGCAACCAACCGGCCCAACACAAUGGAGUCAAGAAGCACAGAACAUCUCUACCAGCGCCCAUGUUCUCCAGGAAUGACGUGAGCGUCUGGAGUAUUCUGAAAAAAUGCAUUGGCAUGGAGUUAUCAAAGAUUGCCAUGCCUGUGAUAUUUAAUGAGCCUCUGAGCUUCCUCCAGCGGCUAACAGAAUACAUGGAGCACACCUACCUCAUCCACCAGGCAAAUGCCACAACAGACUCUGUCGAGAGGAUGAAGUGUGUUGCAGCAUUUGCUGUGUCGGCUGUAGCAUCGCAGUGGGAGAGGACUGGGAAACCCUUCAACCCACUACUGGGGGAGACCUAUGAGCUAAUCAGAGACGAUUUAGGCUUCAGGUGGGUGUCAGAGCAAGUAAGCCAUCACCCUCCAGUUAGUGCCUUUCAUGCUGAGGGCUUCAAGGAGGAUUUCGUCUUCCACGGUUCCAUAUACCCCAAACUCAAGUUUUGGGGAAAGAGCAUAGAAGCUGAGCCCAAGGGAAUCAUCACACUGGAGUUGCCCAAAUAUAAUGAGGCCUACACCUGGACAAACCCCACCUGCUGCGUCCACAACAUCAUUGUUGGUCAGCUUUGGAUUGAGCAGUACGGCAACGUGGAAGUGAUCAAUCACAAAACCGGAGAGAGAUGCAGCAUGACGUUCAAGCCCUGUGGCCUGUUUGGUAAAGAGCUCCAUAAAGUUGAAGGAUACAUCCUUGAUAAAAGCAAAAAGAAGCUAUGUGCGAUAUAUGGCAAAUGGACUGAAUGUCUAUACACAGUAGACCACGCUACUUUUGAUGCCCACAAAAAGUCUGACAAAAAGAAUGCAGAUGACAAAAAGGGCAACAAACAGAGCAGUGUUGAUGAGGAGCCAGAAGAGAUGCCUCCACCUGAUGCUGAGACAGUGCAGGUCAUCCCAGGGAGCGAGCUCAUCUGGAAGAUCACACCCCGACCAGACAACUCAGCCAAGUUCUAUGCAUUCUCCACGUUCGCCAUGCAGCUAAAUGAGCUGGAGAAGAGCAUGGAGGGAGUCAUUCCUCUCACAGAUAGUCGCCUCAGACCGGACAUCCGCGCCAUGGAGAAUGGAGACAUAGAUGUGGCAAGCGCAGAAAAGAAGAGACUUGAGGAAAAACAGCGGACGGCCCGGAAAAACCGCACCAAAUCAACAGAAGACUGGAAAACAAGGUGGUUUCAGCAAGGACCCAACCCACACAACAAAGCUCAGGACUGGCUCUACUUGAAAGGCUACUGGGACAGGAAUUACACUCAGAUGCCUGACAUUUACUAACGAGUAAAAACACAUACAGAUCCCAUACACAUGGAUUUCCGUUUACCACCUUUGAACUUCAUCUGCUGCUCUGGGGAUUGUGCUCCCAGCAAAAGCACCAAUGUAGUGGAGUCAGUGUAGAACAGCAGUUAGUGUUUGUGAUUCAGUUUGAUUUAAAAAAAAAAAGAAAAUGCAGCGAACAACUGAAUGAACCCGACAGCAUAUAAUCUUUAAUAGAUCUGUGUGAACAAUGAAGCACAAAAAGUCUCUUUUGCUUAUUUAUUGUGGUUCUUGACCACUUGAGUAAGGUAUUGGCAUGUAGCAGAACAACUAGAAUGCAUUUUAGAAAUAUUUAAUGUUAGAUAGAUGAAGUGUUCAAACAGCAACCUGAGUUUUACUGUUUGUAGUUUGUUCACAAUUCCUGCUUUGUCAUGAAAACAUAUUACUCAUCAGCUUCAGUGCAGCGAGAAGGCAGCAGCACUCCAAACAGCUUGGAUGGAGUGGAUGGUUUAUCCUAAGCAGCACUGAUUGACACUUGUGCAUGCAUACUAUUAUGCAGUGCAGAGUAUUAAAAUAGAUCAUUUUGGAACAUUUGCCUUUGUUUUCCUUGUACAAUGAGCGGUUCAAAUAUUUAGUGUUUAAAUGAAUGUGUUUGCCUAACUGCUUGUUUGCAAAGGCUGCUACAAUUGACUGUACAUUUGUAUCUAUUGGUUUCCUUGCAAAGAUGGCAACCAAAAUUUUAAAUCUGACAAGAAUAAUGGCCAGGACUACGAUAGUACGACUUAGAAUUCAACAAUGCAAUGAUUAUCACUAAGCCCUAAACUGAGUACUGUAUAGAUGUGUAUAGUUGUGUAAGUCUACCUGACUCUGUAGACAGCACUUUUUUCUCACUAUAAUAAAGCAGGGACACUUGGUUCUGCACUUAUACUUAGAUUUGUGUGUGCGUGUGUAAAAGUCUUGCCCUAGAUUAGCAUAAUUGGUGAUAUUCUUAGUGCUAUGUGCAUUGAUCUAAUUGAAAUCUAUCACAAUAAACGCAUGUGCAUCACUAUAACUAUGCAAGCCUUACCUCCUUCAUAACUGAGCACUGUAUACUCAUUUUCUCAUGUUACAGAUAGCUGCUACAUGUAUACAUUUUUUUUUCCUGUUGUCACUCUUUUCGGGUAUUAUUACAGAAUUUCUAUUGUUGCUAAAUAAAAGCUUAAUGUUAAUUGGA